AUGGCGUCGAGCUUGGAGCACAUGGCGGAGAACCUCACCUCCGCGAACUUUGAUAAGUUUCGGGAAGUCGCGAAACUGUUCACCCCGUCGGAGAUGUCGUUGAUCACACGGAAAGGGAUUUAUCCGUACGAAUACACGGAUUCGUGGGAUAAAUUACAAGUACCAUCGUUACCUGAUAAGUUUCAAUUCUACAGCGCGUUGACGGAGACACACGUGUAUGAUGAAGAUUGCGAUCACGCGAUCCGGGUGUGGAAUCAUUUCGACUGA